AACGUGUAUUGUUUGUUGUAUUGAACAUGCAUUGUUUGUUGUAUUGAACAUGUAUUGUAAGCUUUCUUACAUUACACCUCUAGUCAAGCAAACCAAUAUUUUAUUAUAAACCUUAUAAGGGCAAUUGCUCUGUCGCUAGCUUAGCCACUUUUGAGAGUUUAACACGGUUUUAAACUCAAGAACUCACGUGACGUCUUAAGCCCCAUUGCUGUGUCAUAUGUACUUGUGGUUUAACCUGCAGCUGCGUUUUACCUUGAUCUCAAUUGCUGUGUCUUCAGAGAAAUUCACAUUAAACACUAGAGGGCGUAUUUUGUGCGUGUGUUAGGCCCAAUCCCCAUUCUUUCAUCACUGUCUCAACCCUAACCCUCAUUGCUACCCCUCAUUCACUACGUGCACAUUAGCAUAUGCUACUUCCGGUAGCGUACUUCCUAUUGGGUGUCGAGCUUCCGGUAUCAACACGACUCGGCUGUCUAUGGCUGGAAUCCGGUAGCCCAAUGGCCGAAGCAAAUUUCUCAAGAUGUCUUGGACAUAUGCCGGCGAUAACAGUUGACGAUGUUCAUCGACUGGUCAGCAUUUUUUCACCCGCACCCCAAAGCAAACGAGAAAAGGGUUUUAUACUGUAUAUAUCGCAAUAUUUGCACAAUUUUGAAGGUAAGUCACAACAACAUGAUAUCCAUGCUACGUGCUAAAGUUAUGUUAUCUGGUAAAUGUUAUGUUAUCUCUAUACAUUAUAAAAGUCGAAAUCGUGCGUUAGAUGUUUGUCUUAGCCCUUGUUUAGUUUAUGAUGUUAUGUUCGGAGGCUAUGUGUUGUUGACACUCCUACGUGUUAUAUAGGCAGUAGCCUAAAAGUAUCAAACGUUGAUUCGUUCGUUUUCAAGUUAGCAAACUGUGAUUGCCUGUGUAUGAACAAACAAACUUUAGAUGGACAACAAUAUUUUCCUAUUAGAGUUGCUAGUCAUUGUUCUUACCAACUAACUUGCAUGCUAUCCUAUUAAUUACUAACUUGCUAAAAUUGUUAUUUUUCCACAGUGUCUGACAAAGAUCAGGGUUCAGGAGAGGUGAUGGUCAGGGCAGAGUGCUACAGGUCAAUGAGGAAGUCAGAGAAACCUCACAAGCUCAGAGUAUGGAUACAGUCAGCGGCAGUGUGAAAUUGUGUUCAGUGUAAAAAUCAUAGUAGGCCUAAUGUUCGGUAGGGUAUUGUUAGGUUUUAGGGUUAGGGUAUGGUUGGGCUUAGAGUAGAGUUUCCUAGGAUCAUGCCAGGCUGUCAAGGGAGGUGUUCAGGCAGAAUUUGAAUAUACAUCAGGCAGGCUUUUAAUAUAUAUAUCCCUUGACAUGAGUAAUACUGUCAAGGGAUAUGUAUUGAUUACGUUGAAUACAUUGGUAUGUUGUACUUUAUAGGUGGUCCUAAAAGAUGUGCAGCCUGUGGAGCUCCUGCACUUCCACUGCACCUGCAAGGCUGGAAAGGCAUUGUGCAACCACGGUGUUGCACUUCUGUUUCAAGCUGCGCACUAUUCGCAGUUGAAACUCCAGGUUGUCCCCCCAACGUUGAGCUGCACUGAAGGGGAACAACAGUGGCAUAAGCCUAGAGUUAUGGGGAUAAAGCCGGGCCCUGUUGACAAGAUGGCUGUGAUCUCGGCCAAACCAAAAGCCAGAAAGACCACAGAGGGAGUGCGGAGCAAACUGUACAAAGGUCUUCAUGGGGAACUUCCUGACCUCUCAGUUCUUCGGGUGUCGGAGGUAUACAAAGACUUUGCUGCUGCUGACCGCCCUAUGAUCUGCAGCAUGGGGAUAACUGCAGAUAUUCCACUAGUGGACUCGCUGUUUGGAAAGGUUCAACAUGGAAGUCCCGUGUCGUACCAGCAACCUGCCAAAGACCAGGUAAAGGCUCUCCAUGAUGCCACACCCCCUCCAUCGUUGCCACUCCAGGCCUACAGACUUGAGCCAUCAGAGUGCAUGUUUGCGUGUUCCAGAAAACAACAACUGCACAUGCAAAGUCUUCAAGUCACCGAGGAUUUGGCCCAUAAGAUCGAAUGUGGUACCCGAGAGCAGAGCUUGUGUGCCGAUUGGUACAAUGUUCGGAAACCACGGGUGACAGCAUCUCGUUUCAGAGAAGUCUGUCAUGUGGGCAAGGCCUCUGAAGAGGGACUUGCGGAACGGAUUCUUAGAGGGAUACGGCAGACCACAGCUAUGAAGAGGGGUUUGGAGUUGGAGGCUGAUGCAGUCUGGGAGUACUGCCAGAUAAAGAGAGUCAACCACUACAAAUGUGGGUUUGUAGUACACCCAGAUGCAUCUUGGAUUGGUGCCUCGCCGGAUGGGGUUGUUUUCGACCCAUUAGAACAGCCAGAGUUUGGCCUUUUAGAGAUAAAAUGUCCCAACAUUUCUAAUUACAUAGACGCACCUUAUCUCAAGGUAAUAAGUGGUUCAGUGCAGCUCAAACCGACCCAUGCCUACUAUUGGCAAGUUCAGGGCCAACUGUUGGUCACAGGUAUGAGUUGGUGCGAUUUUGUUGUCUCUGCCCAGGAUGAUGUUUUCAUCCAGAGAAUCCAGAGGGAUGAGGGCAUGAUGCUAACAAUGAAGCAUGGGAUUGACAUGUUUUUCUUCAAUGUAUACAUGGACAAAUACCUGGCAGUGGCAUGAGUUGUUGAUUUCAUUUUAGCAGAUGACUCCUUUAAAUCUUAUGUGACUAAUGAUUAAGUUAAUUGUACAUGUUCAUUUGAAUGCUUUGUUUAUUGAAGGGCAAUCUCCUUUCUCUUUAUUUAAUUCCCCCCUAUCCCUUGAUUUUUCAAUAAAUGAUAACGUAUUCAAACAUUU